AUUGGAAACAUAUUUUGCUAGAAUCUUUGAAAAAUGGCGGAGUUUUCUGUUCAAAAGUGGAAUUUAUCGGAAAUAAAGAGAGAAUUAUAUGAUGUAUACAACGAAUGCUUCACAAGGAGGACUUCAGAAUUAAUAUACUCUCUCAAAGACGUUCAAGCUGCAAAAUCUAGAACUAGAUAUGAGUUAGAAGACGACUGUUACGAAGAAAAUGAUCAAUACAUCCUAGCUCGGUCAUACUUUGAUCAGAGAGAAUACGACAGAGCAUCGAAUUUAUUAAGAGAUAGUAAAAGUGAUGUUGCUUAUUUUCUCGAUGUAUAUUCAAGGUAUUUAUCCGGAGAGAAAAAACUUCUUGACCAAAGGCCAAUCUUAAAUAUAGGAAGUGGUGAAGAAAACAUUUCUCAUUUAAAGCAGCUUAGAUCAGAACUAAAAGCAAAGAGGAGAGAGAAAACAUUGGAUGCCUACUGUUUGUGGUUGUACGGAAUAGUUCUUACAAAAUUGAAACUAGUUGAUGAAGCAGUAGAGAUAUUUUGCGAUGCAAUAGCUUUGAAAGCUGCCUUCUGGAAUGCAUGGGAAGAAUUAUCUAAACUCGUAACUGACUCAUUUAUGUUGACAAACUUAUCCAUACCAACCCAACACUGGAUGUAUACAUUCUUUAAAGCUCAUGUUUUAUCCUCGUUGAAUUUAGGACCAGAAGCAAUUGAACUAUAUGCAAAGAUAAAAGAUAAUGGUUUUAACGAGUCUACUUAUAUAGCAGCACAAAUGGGUAGAACUUACAAUACUAUGAGAGAUAUGGAGAGCUCUUGCGAGUUAUUCAAGUCUUUAAUUCAAAAAGAUCCUUUUAGAAUUGACGAUAUGGACAUUUAUUCGAAUGUUCUCUACGUUCAAGAAAAAAGACAAGAAUUAGCGGUCUUAGCUCAAAAAUUAUCAUCAAUCGAUAAGUAUCGGCCACAGACUUGCUGUGCCAUUGGAAAUUAUUAUUCUAUUCGUGGAACUCAUGAAAAAGCUGCCCUAUAUUUUGAGCGAACUUUAAAAUUAGAUCCAAAUUACGCCGAUGCUUGUACUUUACUUGGUCAUGAAUAUUUAAAUUUAAAACAUUUCGCUGGGGCAAUACAAGCCUAUCGAAGAGGAUUAGAUAUAAAUAGGAAUGAUUACAGAGCCUGGUAUGGUCUUGGACAAGCCUAUGAAUUGUUGCAUCUUCAUAGAUAUUCACUCUAUUAUUUUAUGAAAGCGCAUAGUUUAAGGCCCAACGACUUUCGAGCAAUAAUAGGUUUAGGAGUUUGUUACGAAGCACUGAAGAGAUUAGAAGAAGCAAAGAAAUGUUAUUGGAAAGCUCAUCAAGUCGGGGAUGAAGAAGGAAUUGCAAUUGUUCGUCUAGCAAAAGUUUACGAAAAUUUAGGUGAAGAAGACAAUGCCGCAGCAGCUCAUGUUGAAUUCUUGAAUUUUACUGAUAACCAACUCAUAGUUCCGUCUGCAGAUUCAUUAGCUGCCAGCUACAAAUAUCUCUCCAUUUACUAUUUAAAACAUAAAAAUCUAAAAGAGGCCGCAAAAUACGCUGAAAAAUGUACGGAAUUUCCACAAGUUCGGGAAGAUGGUAAAUCUGUUCAAAAACAGAUGGCAUUACUUGUUGAAUCUGGUGGGCUAGAAGAGAUUGAGGAUGCAUCUAUGAAACAAGCGCCUAUGCAUGUAACAAUGCAAACACCGGGAAUGCAAAGUCGUGAUGAAAGUAUUUGUAAAGAGGAAGACAAUAGCUUAUGCUUUACACCUUGA